AUGGUAAAACCAUUUAUUUUCAUUAGAUUUAUUUUUAUAUUUCUAUCUGUUAAAUUAUUAAAACAAUCAUUAGCAAAUAAUUCUUUUUCCAAUAAAAAUUCGGUAGUUGAAGAAAAAAAUUAUUUAAAUUGUAAUACUCUAGGUGUUACAGCAUAUGUUAUUUUAUUUUUUAAUGAUAAUAUAACAUUUAACAACUUUUGGAAACUAUUUUUAAGAUAUAGUGAGAUAACAGAUAGUUGUACUGAUAAACAAAAUCAAAAUAUUACAUCAUAUAAUAUUUAUUUUGGCACAAAAUGGCAAAAAUCAAUUAUAACUGAUAGUUUAACAACUCUUGUUAGUUAUUGGAGUCAAGAUCCAACUGUUAAUAGAGAUAUGUUUAAUUCAAGUAUUAUUAAUACUAGUAAUAGUAAUUAUUUGGACAUUUUUCAACAGAUAGAACAUAAUUUACUUGAUCAAGAUAUGCCAGUAAAAUUAUUAAUUCAAAAAAAAGAUAUUACAGUAUUGGCAAAUUUUAACGAUAUAAAACUUAAUUCAAAAUUAGAAAAAUUAAAUAAUUUUCCAAAUACAGAAUCAUAUUAUAUGUAUGAAACUGAUAAAACAAAUAUAAUUUUUACUAAAAGAAAUAAGGUAUGUCAAUUAAAAAAUACAACAAUUGAUUGUAUGGAUGAAUAUUGUUCUGAUGAAAUAUUAAAUUUACCAUCAAAAUAUGGUAUAAUAAAAAGUCCAAUAAAUCCAUAUAAUAUAUUUAUAUCAUUUAAUGAUAUAAAAGAAAAAUAUUUACUUUUACAAUUAUUAGAAAUUAUUAUUUCAUCAAAAGAAUGCAAAUUAAAUAAUGAUGAGAUUGCUAAAUCAUAUUUAGAAAUAAAUAUUCAUCCAACAAUACAAAAUAAAACAAUUCUUAGAAUUCCUUGGUUAGGUAAUUAUACAAAAAAUUUUGUCAAAAAAUGUGUUAGAAAUUUACAAUCUCCAGAUACAUUUAUUUUACAAUCAAAAGAUAAUUUUUAUACAAAUGUAUAUAAUAAUAUGAAAAAUGAUAAAAAAAUAAUUUUAAUUGAUCAAGAUAUACCUUACAAAUUAUUAUCAUUAUUAAAAAAUACUAACAGAUCAUCAUACAAUAAUUUCAAUAUUUUUAUUAAUGGAAAACAAACAGCUAAACAUAUUUAUGAUAAUUUUACACAUCCUUUAAAUCAAAUGAAACUUUUAUCGCAAAAUAUAAAUUCACAUAUAUAUGAUAUAACUAAUAUAUCAUUAAUUAAUAAUUAUUCAACUAUUUGUACAGAAGAAACUACUUUUUAUCUAUUAUCAGAUACAUCACCUUACAAUUUUAAAGAAUCAUGGAAUUUAGCAUGGAGACAAUUUAUAUUUAUUGUUUUUUGUUGUACACUUAGUGUUAUUAUUUUAUCAACAAUAUUUUAUAAAAAAAAUAAAAAAUUAAUAAAUUCAGAAAUUGCUGAACUUGAUGAAGAAAUGAAAGCUGUAACAAAACCUUUAAGAAAAGCUAAAAAUCUUCCAGAAACUGAAAGAUUACCAUGGGAAGUUAAAAGUGAUAGAAUUCAUAUUGAUUAUGAAUUUCCAUUAGGAAAUGGAAAAUAUAGUAAUGUAUAUUUAGGUAAAUUAAAGGGUCCAGCUCCUGUAAUGGGAUGGAUAAAAAGAGUUGAAAUAAAACAAUAUCAAGAUUGUGCUGUUGCAAUAAAAGUUCCAAAACGUUUUGAUUCAGAAGAGGAAGGACAAUUAUUAAGAGAAAUAGCUGUAAUGAAAGCAAUUAAUAAUCAUGUUAAUAUAUGUAUGUUACUUGGAUGUACAGUUAGAAAUAAUCUUGUAUGUACUGUUAUGGAAUUAACACAUACUAAUCUUAAUAAAUAUCUUAAACAAAUAAAACAUUCUUUCUCUGAGCAAAAUACAAAUAAUACUUCAAUUGCAAUGAUUCCUUAUGGUAGAUUUAUAAAUAUGAUAAUUGAAAUAUGUAAUGCUAUGAGUUUAUUAGCCUCAAAAGGUUUUGUACAUAGAGAUCUAGCUGCAAGAAAUAUUCUUUUAACAACAGGUUUAAGAGCAAAAAUUUCAGGUCUUGGUUUUUGUUCUAAUGCAAAUGAUAAAACAUUUGAAAUGAAUAAAAAAACAUAUAAAUUACUACAUUAUAAAACAAUGAGUAUUGAAGUUUUAACUGAAGGUAUUUUUUCAGAAAAAAGUGAUACAUGGUCAUUUGGUUUAUUAUUAUAUGAAAUUUAUUCUAUGGGUGAAUCACCAUAUAAAGAUGUUAAAAGAGAAGAUUUAGUUAGAAAAUUAAAAAAUGGUGAAAGACUUCGUUUACCAAUUUAUGCAACAGAUGAAAUUUAUGGUAUAAUGUUAAAAUGUUGGCAUAAGUAUGCUGAAAGACGUCCUGGAUUUUACGAUCUUCAAAAUAUGUUUUUAAGUAUUUAUGAAAGACAAUUUUCAAAUCCAGCAUUUGUUUUUGAUGCUUUUUAA